AUGGAGGAUGGAGACUUUGAGAAAUUGGAUAUUGAUGGAUUGUCUGAAAAGGUCGAAUAUAUAAUUGGGAAAGGCCAUCAUUCAGUCAUUUGUAGGAGUGGAGAUUAUGUAUUAAAAAUCAUUCCAUUCACUGAAAGGGGGAAGAAGGAGAUACAGAACAUGCAAAGGAUCAACAAACUUCUCAGAGAAGAGAUGUGUACCUUUGCACGACUAAAAAAGAUCAUCAUUUUUCAAUUAGCAGAAUCCCUUGAAUUGGUAGACUUGAGUAAUUAUGUUACUAAUGAUGUAGUCUUAUCAGUUGAAAAUGUCCACAAGAAAACAAUUCCAAUUGGGAAGUAUUAUGGACUUAAAAUGGAAAAUGGAGGAAUACCUGUACAUCUUGUGACACAAUGGGAAUAUAAAGAUGUUGUAGAAAUGCUCUUUCAAAUGUUCUGGAGUCUUGAGAAAGCACAAAACAAAUUCAAUUUUUGUCAUCACGAUUUACAUAGUAAAAACGUGUUAUUCAAAAGAGAGGAAAAUGAAAUCUUGGACUUCAUAAGGGGAAAGAUAUUCAACUUGAAUGUGAAGAUUUUGAUCAUCGACUUCGAGUUGAGCACUUUUGAUGUUCAAGACUCAUCAGAAGAUGCUUUGGGCAUAUAUCACAUUCUUAAUAAUAUAUCUACAAAAGACUUUACUCAAGAACAAAAAACUGCUUUGAGGAGAAUCAAAUUUAAACUUGGGAAAGGUUCUGUGUCAUAUUCAGUUUGUUAA